UUUAUCUUAGCUACAACUUCUAAAAUGUGGAGAAGACUGAAAAACUUUUUCAACUUUACCAAGGAAAAUAAUACUUGGACUGGUGAUAACAGUAGCACUGUGAGCUACCAGCUGAGGGCCAGUGACCUUGGGAAGGUUCACAAGGCUGCAUUAAAGAGAGACUUGGUCAAAUUAGAAGAACUACUGACCAAAAAGAAGCAAGACAUUAAUAAGCUGGAUAAGAAACAGAGAUCUGCGGUGCAUAAUGCAAGUGCUUUUGGCCAUGAUGAGGUGCUACAGUUCCUUGUAGAGAGACAUGCCAAUCUGAACCUUCUUGACAACAACAGUCAAUCUGCCUUAAUGAAGGCGAUACAGGGUGGGCAUCAGACCUGUGUUCGUAUCCUCCUGGAGAAUGGUGCAGAUCCCAUCCUGAAGGACAACAAUGGUAACACAGUGCUCCAUAUGGCUGUUAGAAACUUGUGUGUGCCCACAGCUGAACUGCUCCUGGAGUAUGGUGCUCUAAUAAAUGCCCCUAAUGCACAUGGUUUCACCCCGCUGAGAAUGGCUGUCCAGCUAGACAGUACUAAAAUGGUGGAAUUUCUUUUGUGUAAUGGAGCUGAUGUUAAUGCAACAGAUAGCGCCAAAAUAUCACCUUUAAUGAAGGCUGCUGAAAAUGGCCAGUACAACAUGCUGCAACUGCUUUUAGCACACAAUGCCUGUAUUACUCUAGAGGAUGACAAAGGAUGGUCUGCUAUGGACUAUGCCAUGAAAAACGGACACAACACUUGUGCUAAGCUCAUCUUUACAAGGCUAAAAGUAUAUUAUCAGGGUUCUGAAAACCAAAAUCAAGGACAAAAUGACACUGACAUCUCCAACAAUCCUGAGUCUGUCCCAUUCAAAGCAUCCAGGAUGCCAGUGAACCAGGAUGAAGGUUCACUUGGAAAAGAGGAGCAGAAGAGUGACGGGGACUGCCCAGAAAGACUCCCAGAAUCUGGGGAAUGUGAGAGCUUCACCACAGAGAAAGUGGAUAUGGAAAAUGAUCUGCUGGAAAUCAUAACGGCCAAGUGCACCAUGGGGCAGAGUCAGCUGAAGUUAGAAAGUGAGAUCGCAGAUCAGAAUACAACACUGAUGUGCAAUAACACUAAAGAAAGGCUCAAGAGGACAGAGGAACAGCUUGACCAUGAGAUCCAAGAAAACCAAAAGCUGAAGCUAAAAAUGAUAAUCCUGAAGCAGAAAGAGAACCACCUUCUAGAGGAGAACGAGUCCCUUAAAAACCGGGAGAGAGAGUACCUUCAGGAGACAUCCACGCUAAAGAAGCAGCUCGCCUUUCUGAGAAAAGAUCUGGAGGAGCUGUCCAAGAACGUAGGCAACGUGACUCAAUAUUGCAACAAUCUGGAAAAUGAGAAGACCAGUCUCCUAAGGAAAAUGAACAAACUCAAAGAAAUGCUGACAGAGAGUGAAGACAAGUCUUGCUGA